UUCGUCAUUCUCUGCUUUUCUUCUUCCUCUUUCUUUCAGCUCCACUUAAAGAAACAAACUGAGGAGAGACAUAGAGACAGAACCUAGAGAGAGAGAGAGAGGGAAUGAGAAUGGCAAUGGCGGUCUCCACCAAGUGGGUUUCUCUGUGCUCGUUGCUUCUUCUUGCGCUCUUCGUCGGAGCUAUGGCGAGAGUACCAAACGACGACGUCUCUGCCUCCGUGAAUGUUGAAACAGAGAAGUUGCAGAGCUCGAACGACUCAUCAAUAGCGGCGACAAGGUUGGAAGAGGUUGGAGCUUUGAAUGAGCAUGCAGUGGACAACCCAGAGGAGGUUGCCUCUAUGGUUGAGAUGAGCAUUAAGAACAGCACCGAGAGGAGGAAUUUGGGAUAUUUCUCAUGUGGAACUGGCAAUCCUAUUGAUGACUGCUGGCGUUGCGACCCUAACUGGCAGCAGAACCGCAAGCGCCUUGCUGACUGUGGCAUUGGUUUUGGCCGGAAUGCCAUUGGGGGUCGCGAUGGCCGCUUCUAUGUUGUCACUGACCCAGGUGAUGAUGACCCUGUAAACCCCCGACCUGGCACUUUGCGCCACGCUGUCAUUCAAGAAGAACCUCUCUGGAUUGUGUUCAAGCGCGACAUGGUGAUACAACUGAAGCAAGAGCUCAUCAUGAACAGCUUCAAGACAAUUGAUGGCCGUGGAGCCAAUGUCCACAUUGCCAAUGGAGCUUGCAUUACAAUCCAGUUCAUUACCAAUGUCAUAAUUCAUGGUCUUCAUAUCCAUGACUGCAAGCCCACAGGGAAUGCCAUGGUGAGGAGCUCACCGAGCCAUUUUGGUUGGAGGACAAUAGCUGAUGGCGAUGCUGUCUCCAUUUUUGGGUCAAGCCAUAUAUGGGUUGAUCACAAUUCACUCUCUAACUGUGCUGAUGGCCUUGUUGAUGCUGUCAUGGGUUCAACCGCCAUUACCAUUUCCAACAACUACUUCACCCACCACAAUGAGGUUAUGCUGUUGGGUCAUAGUGAUUCCUAUGUAAGAGACAAGCAGAUGCAAGUCACUAUUGCCUACAACCACUUUGGAGAGGGUCUUAUCCAGAGAAUGCCAAGGUGUAGGCAUGGGUAUUUUCAUGUGGUGAACAAUGACUACACCCACUGGGAAAUGUAUGCCAUUGGUGGAAGUGCUGAACCCACUAUCAACAGCCAGGGUAACCGAUACCUUGCUCCAACCAAUCCAUUUGCAAAGGAGGUGACAAAAAGGGUGGACACUGCUGCAAGUCAAUGGAAGGGUUGGAAUUGGAGAUCGGAGGGUGACUUGUUGCUUAAUGGGGCCUAUUUCACUCCAUCCGGGGCCGGUGCCUCAGCCAGCUAUGCUAGAGCUUCAAGCCUUGGAGCCAAGUCUUCCUCCAUGGUUGGCUCCAUUACUUCUGGUGCCGGUGUUCUUGGCUGCCGCAGAGGCCACCAGUGCUAGCACUCAGUCAAAUUAUAUCGAAAGAAGGAAAAGAGUCUAUUUUUAAUUUAAUCUUUUUAUUGAAAAAAAAAUUAUGGUUAGGCUUCCAAUUUUACUAUUACACAGCUCUGCUCCAUAUAUCUAUCUAUAUUCCACCAUUGUUUCUCCCAGGUCCCAUGUGUUUUCUUAAUUUUGGCAAGUGUACAUUUUUACACGAGUCAUCAUUUAUCAUGCAAAAUUACCCUCAUUCCACAUUGUCCUUUCGCCAUUGUUGCGCAACCUCGGCCUGCUUCAAUUGAAAGAAACAAUUGCCAUUCUAGGAGCAGGUGCGGAAGCGUUGUCGGCUUCUUUCUUUCUUCCUUUACCUUGUUUUGUCAGUCUCUCAAACUCCUUCUAACCACCUUCUUUUGUCUUCUCAUCUGCCCCUAUCAGUCUUUUAGUCCUACAUAAUCAUAUUGUGUUGGGUUUUGGGUUAUCUAUUAUAGGAACUGAAUGAUGGUUCUGAGAGUUGUUUUUCUUCUUGUGCUUUUCAGCUUUGUUGAGUCAUAUACAAGAUAUAUAUUGUGAAUGUCAAACUCGAGUUAUGAAAAACUUUGGUUAUAUAUACAGAAUGAUGCAUAGCAGUGUGGUCCUUUUUUACUUUUAAUCCCCUUUAUUUUUGGCUUUGUCAUUGUCAAUGGAAGCAAACUUGUCCUCUUGGUUGUGCAAUGUGGCUAAAUGUUAUGAAUCUAUUACUAAA